UCAUAACAUCAUUAUAACCAUAACCUCAAAUUUUACUGUUAACCUCAGUUUUUAACCAAAGAACAAAACAAUUCAAAAAGAAAUAAAAACUUUAUUGUAAUGUCUUUUAUUAAAAUAACUAUUACUAGGGGUUUAUCAACAACUGCAGUAAGGGAAGGAAAAAGGAAUUUCAGGAAAUUUCCAAUUUACAAUAAAAGGGGUUCUAGGAUAUUUAAAGAGCAGCAGAGGACAAACCCAGAUCCUGAGGUUCCUGUAGAUAAACGCGGUGUUCGAGAUACUGGAUAUAAAUUAAAUGGCAAAUUUAUAAAAGUACCAGAAAUGAUUCCUGAAUUGAUUGUACCUGAUCUGACUGAUUUUAAAUUGAAGCCCUAUGUUUCAUACAGAGCUCCAGAUAUAAUACAGUCAGAAUUCACUGCAGAAGAUUUAUUUAAUGUAGUAUAUGCUAAAAAAAUUAUUGGAGAUUUUAAAGGAGGAAAAUUAAAUGAGGAUGGGACUCCUAAAGAACCAUCACCAGAGGAAAAGUUAACAUCAGAGGAAGCAACUUUGAAAGCUCGUCAAACAGGCUCUGAUAUAUUUUAGAAAAAUGUGUGUAUUGUAUUAUGUUGAUAUUUAAUGUAUAAUUUUUGAUUUAAAGUUUAAAUAAUACAGAUAAAUUUUAUUAGUU